GGGUACAUUUAUGAAUGUACCGGGUUACCUAUGCACUCCUCCCAUCCUUGCUGGUUCCCUCUUUUCCCCUCCCUUUCCCUGCUAGAACUCCUUCUCCUCACUGGCCCCAGCUCCUGCAAGGACCACUGGGGGGGCUGGUUCUCCUAGAUCCACCCCAGCUCAGUGCUCAAUGAAAGGCACCUCCAUUUCACUGACGUUGGAGGAUAUGGCAUGGAUGAAACUGUAAGUAGCCAGUUAUGGUGAUGUGCUCUGUUUGUAUUGCAGGUGAUGGGAGUGGUAGGACCCUCCAGUGUGGCUGACGGAUUACCCCUUCUUCAUCUCAGCCCUUAUCUCUCGCCACCUCUGCCCUUCAGCACAGCUGUUGUCCGGCUUGUAGCAUUGCAGAUACAGGCUUUGAAAGAAGAUUUCCCCCUAAGCCAUGUCGUCUCCCCAUUCACCAAUCAGGAAAGAAGGGAAGGAAUGCUUUUAAACCUACUGAUUCCAUUUGUGCUCACAGUAGGAUCUGGAAGCAAAGACAGCCCCUGGCUGGAGCAGCCUGAGGUCCUGCUGCUGCUCCAGACUGUUAUCAAUAUCCUCCUGCCACCUCGCAUCAUCAGCACUUCCCGCAGCAAGAAUUUUAUGCUGGAGAGCUCCCCCGCCCACUGCUCCACCCCAGGGGAUGCAGGGAAGGACCUGCGGCGGGAAGGGCUUGCAGAAUCCACCAGCCAGGCUGCCUACCUGGCCCUGAAGGUGAUCCUUGUUUGCUUUGAACGCCAACUGGACAGCCAGUGGUACUGGCUGAGCCUGCAAGUCAAAGAGAUGGCCCUGAGGAAGGUGGGAGGGCUGGCCCUGUGGGAUUUCCUCGACUUUAUCGUAAGAACACGGAUCCCUAUCUUUGUGCUCCUUCGGCCCUUCAUCCAGUGCAAGGUAACAGUUGCUUUGGCUCCUGAUAUUUCACUCCCUGAAGGCAAGAUAGCCCUUAUUCCCCAGCUGAGAACAGAGGAACAGCACUUCUGGAAGAAUUAUAUAUGUAUGGAGUGACCUUUCAGAAGUUAGUAGGCCUAAGAACCCUUUGAAACUAAAUCACAGAGCUUUUUCCUAGCCAAAGCUAAAGAGCAUGUCAGUCAUCCAGGUGCUCUGAUCCAUGGAGUACAGCUAGUCUUAGUUCCUCUGGAUGGGGAAAGGCAUGUGGACUUAAUUCUACAAUGAAGACAUUCAAAGCACUUGGAAGGAGUGUGAAUGUGCUGAACCUGGGAGGAUGUUGGCAGAAAUCUUCUAGUAAUCUCUCUUCUGCAUAGAGCUGGGCAAUACAGCUAACAGCCAAGAAGGACCACUCCUCUUUCCAUCUCUUGGAUGAAGGUUCUGACAGGAAUUUUGUGGAUGGACAAACAGCUACUAGGCUGAGGCAUCUGGGGCUUAAGUUAAUCACAGCUUCUCACCGGUUACCAGGUAGACCAGCAGAUGGUACUCUACCUUAUUUAGCCUACCUUGUCUCUUGGACAGACUAAAUCAUCAUGGAGGAAGGAGCUGUCUCAUGACAGGAUCAUGAGGAUAGAGCUUAGAAUAAGGAAGCCCUCAUCUCCAUGUACCCUGUGCCACUGAGGUUUUGAUCUCUGUUCAGUCAAAUAUAAGGU